UAAUGUCACACAAAUCAUUAUUAUAAGGCUCCAUAUCAGCUAGAAAUUUUUGUUUUCAUUCCUCAUGAAAUAUACAUGAUAAAAAACUUUUUUAUAAUAUAUGGGUAUCGUUGCAAACCCUCCUCGUGUGUCUAUCAUAGCCGUGUUGUUCUUUUCCUUGGCUUUCUUCAUUCUUCUACUGUAUACUGAGAGAAUCAAUUUGCUGUCUUCCCGGCCCAACGUUUUUAAGCCCAAGUCUUGCGCCAAAAGGGGUGCAGGAGGUUAUUCCAAGUCCACAAACAAAUCAACUCAAGAUGGAAGUAGAAUUGGUUCUACAUCAGAAUCAUCAUCAUCAUCAGAUGAUGAUAUAUUGAAGGCAAUGGCGGUAGAUGAUAGGUUCAUAUUUGACCCAGAUGAAUGCAACGUUGCUCAAGGGAAAUGGGUCUAUAAUCACUCAUUUAAGCCCUUGUACACAGACCUCACAUGCCCCUACCUUGAUAGGCAAGUGUCAUGCGUUAGGAAUGGAAAGCCCGAUUCUGAUUAUCGUCAUUGGGAGUGGCAGCUUGAUGAUUGCAUCCUUCCCAGGUUUGAUGCAAAAUUCGCCCUUGAGAAAAUCCGAGGAAAGAGGGUAAUGUUCGUAGGAGACUCGCUACAAAGAGGGCAAUGGCAAUCUUUCGUUUGUUUGGUCGAAUUUCUUGUACCAAACGAUCAGAAAUCAAUGAGACGUGGAAAAGUUCAUUCAGUGUUUAAAAUAAAGGAUCACAAUGCAACAAUUGAGUUCUAUUGGGCGCCAUUUCUAAUAGACUCGAAUACUGAUGAAAAAAUAAUCGGAGAUCCAAAGAAGAGAAUAUUGAGAGUGGAUACCGUAGAAAAACAUGCCAAACAUUGGAGAGGAGUUGAUGUCCUUGUUUUCAAUACUUAUGUUUGGUGGAUGACUGGCUCCAAGAUCAAAUCCUUGUGGGGUUCAUUUGCAAAUGCAGAAGACGGGUAUGAGGAAUUAGAUGCUCCGGUUUCCUAUAGAAUAGCUUUGAAGACGUGGGCAAACUGGAUUGACUCGAAUGUCAAUCGAAACAGAACCCGAGUUUUUUUCACAACCAUGUCCCCUACGCAUCAAAGGAGUGCGGACUGGGGCAACAAGGGAGGGAUCAAAUGCUACAACGAAACAGAACCAGUAAAGAAAAAAGGACAUUGGGGCACUGGAUCUGAUAAGAGGAUAAUGAACGUAGUCGGUAGUGUUGUGGGAAGAAUGAAAGUCCCAGUUACUUUGAUCAAUGUAACCCAACUAUCUGAAUACAGAGUAGAUGCUCAUUCCUCUAUAUACACCGAAAUGGGAGGCAAACUGUUGACCGACGACGAAAAAGCGAAUCCCCUAAAAUUCGCAGAUUGCAUACAUUGGUGUUUGCCAGGAGUUCCUGAUACAUGGAAUCAAAUUUUUCUUGCAUAUUUGUGAAAAAUUCCAUAUAGCCAUUGCCAAAAAAAACUUUACUUUUUCUCCCUUUUCAUAGUUUUUGUUGCCUUUGUCAAAAAAAAAAAAAACGCGCAUAGGUUUGAUUGAUUUUCUUUAAGUGAAGGAAAUGAAAAAAUUAAUUGUA